GUUUAUCUUUACUAGAAACAGUAAUUGCAAAAAUGACCUUCAUAUUUACUGAAAGCAGUAGACUGCUCCGCUCUGACUCAUGGAAGGAGCCCAGAUUCACUGUGAGCAGCUGAAAAGGAAGAAUAAAGGUGCAGAGGAGCAUCUAGAAUUGUGCCCCCAUCAGCGUGUUGAGAUGGAAAGGUGCGAAAGUGAAGAGCUUGAUGUUGAAAUAAGGAACCUGAUAGAGAAGAAUAACACUUACCAGUCGCGGCAGGACCCUGAACCUAUUGCCCAAGAGAGUCCCAACGCUCAGAGCACUUCAUGUUCCCUUAAGUCAAGGCACGUAUUACUGACCAAAAAGAACACUAUGGCAGGCAAUUCUCUGGAACAACAGAUCGUGUCACUGGAAAGACAGAGACGCCAGCUUCUGGAGGUGAACAAGCAAUGGGAUCAUCAAUUUAGAUGUAUGAAACAGCUUUACGAAAAACAGCUGGCAGAAAUGAAAGCGAAACUGGACGCGUCGGAGAGGAGAGUCGGCGAGCUGGAGGAAGAGAGACAUCACCAGCAUCCCGAAGGCGAGAGGUCGCAAGCCCUGGGCAGAGAGAAACUGUUGCAGGAAGCGAAAGAAACAAAGGUCCUUAGUGAAGCUCUCCGAGAAAUGAAGGAAGAGAACAAGCUCCUGAAGCAGAAGAAUGCCUCAAUGAUGAGGAAGAAAGAACACUACGAGUGUGAAAUAAGUCGCCUCAACCAGGCCCUUCGGGAUGCGUUGAAAAAGCAGCACUCGCCGGUUCUUGGGACUCCUGCAGAGAAGGGUGACAGGAACAGCCUUGAGGACAUGAGAACCCAACUUGAAGUUCUCAAACAGCAGGUACAAAUAUAUGAAGAAGACUUCAGAAAGGAGAGAUCUGACAGAGAACGACUUAAUGAGGAGAAAGAAGCGCUGCAGAAAAUGAACAAGAGAUUGCAGUCUCAACUGAAUAAAGUCAACGCUCAGACAAAAGACCUCCCAGUAGAGUCUGAGAGGCCCGGCUACCCACCUCCCCUCUUCUUCUCACCCUGUGCUGGGAGUUGUGGCUUGGUUCUUCACUAUCAAGAUCCUCGAGUGGUACAUUCGGCGUCUCGCAGGGCACGUGAGCAGCAGCAGCGCUCACCAGACUAUCAGUGGUAUGUUCCUGACCAGUUUCCGCCAGAUGUGCAGCACAAGGCAAAUGAUUCCUCCUCAGAGAAGGGAGCCCAUUGCUGACAGCCUAUGACCUGGAGAAGCGGAGACCAAAGGCUGCAAGCGAGUCUUGUAACUUCAGCAUUCUGUUUUGCUCUGGUGGUUCGGGGGUUUUUUUUUUUGUUUUUGUUUGGUUUGGGUUUUUUCCCCUUAGCUCCUUAUCUCUUGAGGGCAUGUUAUUUAUGCCCGGUGAAAUCCCUGCGAGGACAAUAGGAAAGCGGAUCAUACAGGCUAGUGAUCCUCGGGAUCCAGUUAAACUCUGCUGGGAAGCGUUAUUGCCCUUUGUUCUGAAGAUGCCGUUUGUGCAGCUGAUGAGAAGCUGUGAAAAAGCCUCAUGAGAAAAGACGCGGCUAUUGAGAGACAGUCACAUCUGGUUUGAAUGCAAGAGCUUAUAAGCCAAAGAGCUUUAUGAUAUUAGUUUGUUUGUUUGUUUGAGAAUUAUGGUCUUUUUUUUUUAUUUGAUGCCAGGGAAUGAUUUGUUGAUAUACCAUCUUGAAUUUUGUACUCUCUUUCUUGGUUGUUUGGUAAAAAGGAAACCCGCUUCACGGUUUCAACACAUUUGUGUAAUGCCAGGCCAGGUAGAAUGUGCUUCCUCCCCUUUUUGAGGCAAGGCCAGCUCUCCUUUUGUUUUGUCUCCGAAGUUAUAAGAAAAAUGUAAUGACAGAGUUGUGGUUUUUCUUUUUUCUGUAUGUACUUAUUUGUAUCAGAAGAAUUUUAGUGGAAAUAUUUAACGGUUUUAACUUCUCGGUGCAAAUGGCUGUGUAUUUCCAAGUUAUUCUUGUAAUGAAUCUGCGCAUCGUUGUGUAACUUCUAACCUGAGAAUA